GAACGGAUGGAGACGAAAGGGAUCAGCAGGGCAGAUAUCUGCACAGUUUUUCAGGCGCGGCUGUACGUCGGGUCCCUGUACGGGUCGCUGUCAGGGUCGCUUUCUCAGAUUGGAUGACAGCCACAUGGAAUGCCGUCCCCCCAUAACAGCUCUUCCUUGUCCCCCUCCUUGCCCACCCCGCUGCGCCUGCCGUUCGUCACAGCCCAGCCGGGCAGUGAGAGCUCAGCUCCCUCCCGUGACAUCUCUUAACAUCCAAGGAAGGAAGCUCGGGAAGCUACAAUGAGCACGCAACCCGCCUUUAUUUCCGUUCCCUUUUUUCUUGUCGUUUCCUUGAAUUCCAUCGGCACUUCGGCCGGCUCAACCAUCCCAAAUGACUCAAACCACUUUUGUGCAAAUGACCCCAACGCUCUCAAGAGUGACGAGUUUCUCCAAGAAUUCGGUGACGUCACAUGUCCUCUUUGCACACCCAAGCUUUUAAGGGUUCACGGGUGCUCGGCAUCGCGACAGCUAAACAGCAGCAUUGAACAUGGGAUCCUUCCGUCAUUUAAUCCAAUUCGUUUCCAAGCUCUGCCAAGUUUGCCAAGCAAAACUUUUCCACAAUCCACAACGUCUUCGGCUCUGUGGGGCCGUCUUGGCUCGGCGUGGUGUUCCGCCCUGUUGCUGUUGACAAACCCGUUUUGUUGGCGAUCAAAUCAACGCUCUUCCUUUUCUUUCUUUCAGUCUUUCACAUGUUUCGCCCAGCGUUUACGAUCGUCCAUGGCGCAUCGGCCAGUCCGUUGCAUCCUUGUUCAAGUUGUUGACAGAGAGAGGUCAGAUGCGGACGACGCUCCGGUCACGCCUUCGUCUCGCGUCACGCCCUAUCUAGUGUAGGCUCGCUAGGCUGUCUUACACUUGCACUGCCUCUUAUGGAAUCAGUCAGCCACACUUUGUCGAUGACGGCACUCCGGCUAGUAAAGGGAUGGAAUUUCACGGGAAGGGUAAGGAACGGAAAAGUAAGGAAAGGUAACUGAAGGGAAAAGAUAUGAUGAUUUCCGCCAAGCUUUCCGCACAUAAGGGUAUAAGUGCUCAGAGAUAUACAGACAUCGGCCAAACAGGUCCAGGUUUUUUAGCUUCU